AUGGCAGCUUUAAUUAAUUUAAGAUACUUCAUUUUACUUGGUUUUCUUUGGGGCCAUACUUUAGGACUCAUCAAUCUUUCCCCUAACGAUAGGGAUAAAUUAGAAGAGAUUUGGGGAAAUGAUUGGACAUUCACGGGAAUCCUGACAUUCGCUCAUUUACCUUAUACCAAAUGCUUGGCCGACCCAGAAGCUUCUUAUGAUAUAGCAAUUCUUGGUGCCCCAUUCGAUACGGCAACUAUGUACAGAACAGGUGCUAGGUUCGGCCCCAGAACUAUUAGAUCAGCAUCGCUGCGUCAGAACAAGGACCGUGGCUUUAAUUUUAGAGCUGGAUUGAAUCCAUAUAGCGAUUGGGCAAAAGUAAUUGAUUGUGGAGAUAUUCCCAUCACUCCUGUCGACAAUGAGCUAGCCUUACAUCAAAUGGUUGCAGGUUACGAGAAUGUACUUAGUCAUAAGACGAAUGCAAAGGAAAAUGAAGGAAAUGUACCUAGAAUCGUAAUGCUCGGUGGGGAUCACUCAGUGUUACUCUCUGCAUUGAGAAAUCUUUAUAAGGUUUAUGGUCCGAUCACUGUACUUCAAUUUGAUGCUCACCUUGAUACUUGGAAUCCCAAUACAUACCCAUCUUUUAACAGAACAAGUUCCCCACCUUUUAACCAUGGUUCAAUGCUUUGGAUGGCCCAUGAGGAGGGAAUUAUAUCAAAUGAUACAAACGUUCAUGCUGGGUUGAGGACAAGAUUAGGCGGCGUUGGUUGGGAUGAUUACGAAAUGGAUGCAAAACAAGGAUUUUCCAGGAUUGAGUCUGACGAGAUUAUGGAUAUUGGAGUUCAAGGAAUCGUCGAUAAAAUAAAAAAAAGGAUUCCCAAAGACGCACCGGUUUAUAUUAGCGUUGAUAUUGAUGUCUUAGACCCUUCUAAUGCCCCUGGAACAGGUGCAUUAGAAGCUGGUGGUUGGUUCACUAGAGAGUUAAUUCAAAUGCUCAGAAGAUUGGAUCAUUUAAACAUUGUUGGUGCCGAAGUAGUUGAGGUAAAUCCGCUAAGCGAUAUUCCAAAUGCUGAGAUUACUGCAUUGGCAGCAGCUCAGAUUGCCUUUGAAAUUGCCACGAGCAUGGUUAAAAAGGGUCCAUUGAAAAUCAAGGCUAAUAAACAAACUAGAAAAGGUGACCAUUCAUAUUUCGAAUGGAAAAAAGAGUUUCCUAUGAGUGGAACACAAAUAGUCCUUUGA